CAAGAGGCAAUACGGAACACUGCUGCGUGAUGUCAAACGGCGCUGACGUUAGGGGGGUUGUGCGGUGCACGGCCUCGGUGAAUUUGGCGGGAAUUGCCUCUUUCGGGUCAUCGAUGUUGUCUUAGUCAGCUACUCAUGCAUCCCGGCGCUCACAACGAAGGGCGGCUCGUAUAAAAGAGCUGCUCUGCACCGGUGGCUGCCCCAUCACAACACAAGUCGACGCAAAUGCCUUCUACUACUCAAGUCUUAAUCGCUGGUGCUGGUCCUACCGGCCUCGCAGCGGCCCUCGUUCUGCGCCGCAACGGCAUCGACGUGCGCAUCAUCGAGAAGCAGGCGUCCACAAACCCCGGAUCCCGUGGGUCGGGUCUCCGCCCCCGCACGCUCGAGCUCUUUCACCAGCUCGAAGCGAAGGACAUUAUCGAGAAGUCUAGUCAGGUCAUUCCUAUUCGCGCGUACAAGCCUGGAACCCUCGAGGUUGCUAAGGACCUCUGGAUGGAAACUGUCAACGAGGCGACUCCUCAGAUUCCAUACCCGAGUGUCCAGCUCAUGGGACAAGGCAUGACUGAACGUCUCUUGCGCGGUCAUCUGGCCGAAUGCGGCUGCAAUGUGGAAUUUGCCACGGAACUACGCUCCUUCGAGCAAAACGGUGACGGGGUCAUAGCUCAUAUAGCCAGAAUCGAGGGAGAUAAAGAGGUGACUGACACGAUCCACGCUCAAUACUUGAUUGGAACCGAUGGUGCACGAAGUGUCGUGCGAAAGCAGCUCGGACUCGCAUUCCUAGGAGAGACUCGCGAAGAGACCCGCAUGCUUACGGGCGACGUCCGUUUCACGGCGGAAGGGCUCGAUCGUCACCACUGGCAUCGCUUCGGCGAUAUGAACUCGAAGAUGGUCAUGCUUCGCCCUUGCCCUAGCAUUGGCACCGAGAACGACGGCUUCCAAGUCAUGCUGGGUGGUCCAGAGAUUGACCUCAAUCCGCUGUUUGCCAACAAGCAAGCGCUUUGCGAUAAGAUUGCGGAGUUGGUUCCGGCCAAGUUCGACUUCAAGGAGGUGAUCUGGUAUGGUGAAUUCAGGCCAAACAUUCGCAUGGUGGACAAAUUCAGCGUGGGUAGAGUAUUUGUAGCAGGGGAUGCUGCCCACUGUCACAGCCCUACUGGCGGUCAGGGUCUCAACUCGAGCGUUCAGGACUCAGUGAACCUAGGCUGGAAGCUUUCUUACGUCCUUAAGGGCCUGUCCCCGCCGUCUCUGCUUGAGACAUACAGCGAGGAGCGUCUCCCUGUCAUUGCGGAGAUGCUCAACCUCACCACCGGCGUUCUCAACCAGAGUGCGAUCGGCACUGACGCGUCGUUCGUUCGGCCCAGCCGCCUGCUCAUGCUCGGUGUCAACCAUCGCACGAGCAGCAUCGUCCUCGAGGAGCUCUCACCGGCUCUCGCGGCCGUGCCGGCCUAUGGGGACUCCAAUGUCGAAGGUGUACUUGCUGCGGGAGACCGCGCGCCCGAUGCGCCGGGGCUUGUCGAUGCCAAGGGUGGCGAACAUCGCUUCUUUGACGUUUUCCGAACGACAUACCACACUGUGCUCGUCUUCGCGCCGAACGUGGAGGCGGCCACGCAUAUCAUCAACGCGAUCGAUGGAAAAUACGCGGGUGUCGUACGCGCCGUCGUUGUGCUGCCUGGCUCAGCAUUCCUCGACAAGGACGAGAAGGCGAGCAGCGUGCUGACCCUGUGCGAUGCGCACCGGCACGCCUACACCGGCUACCGCGCCCACGAGGGCGAGACGCGCGCUGUGGUUGUCAGGCCUGACGGUUUCAUCGGCGCAUCGGUCCGUACUGCUGAAGGCGUUGAGAGGUACUUUGCGAAGAUUUUCGUCUCGGCUUGAUGUUCUCAUACAAUGGUGGCUGCGCUCGAUUAUGUGGUUGUUUGUAUUGUACGAAUAUGGCUGCGAUGACUUGUUCUUGAUGCUUACUUCUGUAGGAAUAUAAACCGUAACGAUGCG